AUGCUCCGGGAGCCGCAGGGACUACGGCCGCACUUUUCCGCCAGCACAAGUAUGAGCAUCGACCGGAUGCCUUCACUCUGGGGGACUUCUCUCUGUCCUUUUGCGGAGCUGAGUCCCGCAGACAUCGGCCUGUACUCCAUGCUUCCUCACCACCACUACUGCGGAUCACAGGAGAGGCGCAUCUUUAGGCUCACCGUGGGUCCCCCGACUGCAGCCAAGGGCCCUCGACCACAACGCCCCCCAUCCAGAGGAAACGACCUGUCCUGA